AGAACUGAACCUGGAUUUUAUCGGAUCUCAUCGGAGCAUGGCAUAGCGGCGUGCCGCAGCAGCCUUCGCCCUGGACGCCAUGAGAGUCUGAGACGCUGCCGCCUGAGGGAAGAACAUGUCCACCUUCCAAGCGGCCUUCCACGCCUUUCGCUGCGCGGACCUUCCCCUGCGCCGACCCGGCGCGGGACUUGCUUCGGCGUCGGUGGGCCUGGAGCUCCGGCGGCGCGUGUCGCAGCGAGUGGUGACGGCGAUAGCCUCGCUGCUGCUGCGGCAGAUGGGGUACUCGGUGCUUUUCAUGGAACAAGGGAAACCUUUCCCUGCUGCUGUUCAGCUCCACGCCAGUCUCGAAGUUUGGGAUCCAGAGCUGCCGACCGGCUACGAAGAUGCUGGAUUUGUGGGCUAUGAGGGCGACUCCGGAUGGUGGAUCUCGAAGUCCUUGGCGGAUCAGUUUUUUGCUCUUCCGCCAGACUUCUACCGAGCCUACGAUACACGCCACGCUGCGAAUGGGCCUUUGUUGGAGGCACUUCGCAGGGUGUCCAAUGUGAGCUGUUUCCAUGCCUGUUGCCCUUGCGUUGACGCACCCUGCGAACGCUGCGCCGCGGUCACUGCGGGCGAACGCUGCACCGCGGUCACUGGAGUCGAGCACUGGUGCCCAGGAAGAACUCCAGAGGUUUUGCCUGCUGUUCUGGCCCAUCAAGAUGGUGAGCUGUCGGGCUAUGGAGAGGAGUUGGCAGUACAGCAUGGCUUUCGCUUUGGCUUGCGCUUCUUGGGGGAACAGGACUAUAUGCGGAAAUCCUCGGCAGGUGCUGGCACGCAGUGGAGGAACACCAGGCAUUGUCCAGAUUGUUCGGCCCUCGAUGCUUUAUAGCCGCCUGAAGUUGUUGGAUGAGCCAGCUGUGAGAGUGAUGUUGCCCAGGGAGAACUGUGGCUCUCAUCGUUCCGAUGGCUUGGGAAAUUGGUCCUGCGACCCGCCUCCCCGCCGUCUCCGGAAGCACCUCCGCGUGGUCUCCGGAAGCGCCGGCGCAGCGGCUUCCAGUCCGGAAGCCGCGGCUUCCGCGCUGGUGCGGCAACUCCGUCUCUCCAGCAAAGAUAUGGAGCAGAUGUUGGAGGUUUUGAACAGCUCGCGCGAUGACGAGAUCUUGGCAGUUUCAUGUGACUGGUUGGCCAAGCACCAGCAGCUGUGGUCCCAGUGGACUGCAAUUGCCCAGCGACGAGAGGUGCCCUUCUUCGCUGAUACUGUUGACCCGUCCUAUCCUUGGUCCAUUUUGUUUCUCUUAUUGCUCAUCGCGGCCGCUUGGAUCCUGUGGCUGGAGAACCGAUGGCUGCAGACGACCCUGAGCUUUUGGGAAGCACCGAAGAUUCGGAAGAAGAACAAGGGAGGCUGGCGUUCCGAUGUGGAGCUCUUGCUGAGGAAGAACUCCUUGGAUAGCCCCUAUUCAAGUCCCAAGCGAAGGCCUUCAGGUUUGCAGCAUGCCUUUUGGGAGGGCCUCUACGAGAAGUCUGAGCGAUCCAAAACCUUCUGGCAGCAGGCUGAGCGUCUAGCGGCUUCUCCACCACUCCAGGAGGAGAAGCCGCAGAACCUUGUAAGUUUCGUGCACCACACCUUCCCUUGCUUCCAGCGCUCACGCCAAGCAGUUCUGGUCCUGCAACGCAGCGGACAUGCGGCGCAUGAGCUAGAUGUGGAGGUGGCUGUGGAAGAGAGUUUCGGAGGAGCCACUGAUGGAAAGGACUUCACUGCAGAGAUCCACAUCGCAAGGUUUUUGAAGGAACAAAAGGAGGUGACGCUUCCGAUCCCCGUGGUGUACCACAAGGGUUGCUGGCAGAAUUCUUAUUGGUUUCAAGCGCGCAUUCUCAAUAUCCAUGGAGAAGGUCAACUUGCUGCCCCGGCGCAAGCUGAUAUCCUUGUCUUGGAUGAAGAUACAUGGCCCAACAACAUCCCCUCCUCAUUGCGUGGCGGAAAAGGCCUCUCUUUGUUGAAGUACUUCAUCCAAGCGGACCGCCAUCGGCGCGGGCGGAAGUGGUGGAAGACCAUGAUUGCGAUGGUCUUUCUGCCCGUGCAUUCCGUCUUGGUGUCGACCCUGGUGCAGAAGAUCUUGGUGGAUCAUGUCAUCGGCCGUAUCAUCGGCUCUGACCCUGCCUGGGGAUAUGCGCAAUGUCUGAUUCUGGUCUUAGUUCAGCUCCUCUCCCUGGGUCUGAACCGCUGGGCCGACGUGGUGCAGACGCGGAACCGCGGCCGCACGGGCGGGAUUCGACAGGUGCACCGCUCCGAGAUGAUCCGGAAAUUCAUGCACCUGGAGCGCUCAGAGUCUUUUGGCAAGGAUCUGGGGAGA